GAGCCGUCGGCCGCUUCCGGUUACAUGACGACGGCGUUGAUACGAACAGAGAAGGAAAACACAAGGAAAAUACCUUUCUUGGCGACAACAGCGGAAACUUCCGAAAAAAUAGCCAGAUUGUUGUACGCGUAGCGCUCAUGUGGCUCAAUAACUAACGAUUAGCCUCUAGCUAGCGUGGCUGGGUAUCGCGUGAGCGGCGAGAGAUCAGAGAUAUUUGGAGUUUAUUGUUCUUAGCCUGCUCCCCUCCAGCUAAGCUAUUUCUGUGUUGCCCUGCGCUACGUAGCCGAGCCAGCUAACGCUAGCUACCGCUGGAUGCCAACGCGGUGUGUGUUCUCAGGGCUCAAUUAGCAAGCGGCUAGAAAAAGGACGGACCCGUUAAUCCGUUCGGUUUGCAGCUGGACUCCGUUAUCCACCUCUAGCUCGGUGACUUUUGAGUUGGGCGAGAAUGGCAACGUCGGCUCUGUACGCCUGUACGAAGUGUAACCAGCGGUACCCCUUCGAGGAGCUGUCACAGGGCCAGCAGCUGUGCAAGGAGUGUCGCAUUGCACACCCAAUAGUAAAGUGCACAUACUGCCGAUCAGAGUUCCAGCAGGAAAGGUAUGUUAUACAUGUCCUCGUUGAGGAUUAUCCUUUUUUUUUUUUUUUUUUAGUAUUUAAAUCACUAAAACUUCCGAUUGUCUUUUACAGUAAAACUAAUACAAUCUGCAAGAAAUGUGCCCAGAAUGUCAAACAGUUUGGAACACCCAAACCCUGCCAGUACUGUAACAUUAUUGCAGCGUUCAUCGGGACAAAGUGCCAGCGCUGUACAAACUCAGAGAAGAAAUAUGGACCUCCACAGACCUGUGAACAGUGCAAACAACAGUGCGCCUUUGACCGCAAGGAAGAGGGGAGGAGGAAGGUGGAUGGGAAACUGCUCUGCUGGCUGUGCACGCUGUCUUACCGCCGGGUCCUACAGAAGACGAAGGAGCAGAGGAAGGGCUUCGGUUCUUCCAACUCCUCAUCCCUGAAUGAAAAAGACCACCACUCCAGAUCACACCAUCAUCAUCAUCACCACCACCACCAACACAGGCACAGCAGUUCACACCACAAACUAAGUGGGAGUUUGAGUCCUGAGCAGGAGCAGGGACUGUGGAAACAGAGCCAUAAAUCAUCCUCAAUUCAGAAGGAGACUCCAAAGAAGAAACCAAAACUGGAGAUGAAGCCAUCUAACGGGGACAGUAGUUCCAUUACCCAGUCCAUGGACUCUGGAGGAACAGACAACUUUAUUCUCAUCAGCCAGCUGAAAGAGGAAGUGAUGUCACUCAAGAGACUGCUGCAGCAGAGGGAUCAGACCAUUCUUGAGAAGGACCGAAAGCUCACAGAGCUCAAAGCAGACUUCCAGUAUCAGGAAUCCAACAUGAGAGUGAAGAUGAACCAAAUGGAAAAGUCGCAUAAAGAGGCUAUGGAGCAACAACAGUCCAAGAACCGGGAGCUGAUGAAACAAGUGGCAGCCCUGUCAAAGGGGAAAAAGUUUGACCGGACAGGAAGCUCGCUGCUGCUGCCCUAACAAUAGGCCGGCAAGCGGGUAGCAACACAGAGCGGUUUCAUUUUGUUAACACUGUGAAAGUCUCCCUCCUGUGUUUCCUCAUUGCCAUCGACUUUAACUCCUUCCUAAUUGGUGAAGCCAGAGACCAUGUCGUACAUGGAGAUCUAUAGUCAAAACAAAGAAAAACCUUUUUUUCACUAAAUGUCAGCAUAUUUUACAUAUUUUAUGGCGACUUUUUCCACUGGAUCAUAGGACGCGGCUUUUGGAUGGAGCCCUCAUUUUUAACACUGCCGGGCCAAAACAAAAAGCAUGGUGUGCAUAUGUGGACAGCAUUUUGUUGACUCAGUGUAUCCACCUAAUUUUUAUGGAUGUCAUAAAUUUUAUUUAUUCAACUGUAUUUCUUAGCCUUUUUUUAUUUCCUCACAACAUACUGAGAAUAUCCCUUAUUUUUGGGGGGGUUUUCUUCAAUAGCAAUUAGUUAUAUUUUUCUAAAUGGAUGCGAUUGUGGAAGACUAGUUCUCCUUAAUGGAGACCAUGUGCAACUUUACAAUGUAUGCAAACGUGGGGAGGGUGAGCACUGAGCUGCUGCUCAACAGUAAAGAACUCUCUCAGAAACAAUUCAUGAACCAACCAAUGAACACUUUGUAAGGCUGUCUGACAUGAAAGACGCCUCUUGGCUGCCCUCUUUCUCACUGUGUGACAGCUGUAGUGCUUUGCUGUUUCUCUUUAGUGGAACGAUUGUAAUACUGCAUGAUUUUACUGCCAGAUACCGGAUGGCGUUGUGGUCAAACUCCUUUUUUUUCCCCCCUUCCCCAUUUUAAUUAGGUCUUUUUUUCUUUUCUUUUUUUUUUUUAAGGAUCACGUGUAAAUGUAUUACUGGGGUCAGGCAUUGUAUUUAAAAUAUUGCUUGUAUCUGUUUUAGUGAGUACAGUAUGUGUAUGGUAAGGCCAGUUGAAAUUAACAUGUCUGUAGAAGAUGCUUUUUAAAGGAACGCACCUAUCACCCUACAUUACUGGACUGGUUUCAUACUGUGGUGUCCAGGAUCACUUUUGUACUUUUUUCCAAUCCAAGUGUUUUGAAAAUAUUAAAAACAAACAAAAAAACUGGCUAAACUGUUA